AUAUAAUUAUUCUAAAAAUUAUUUAUGAUGAAACCACCAAUAUUAUUUAUCGUUCUAUUUAUUCAAUAUGCGAUAUGUCUUGAUUAUGAUGGCUGGCUAAAUAUACGGAUUGAACAUUCGCUAAAUUGCAAAGAAGAUAAAUAUUGUAAUCGCGGAAAUAUAUCACUUAAAAGCAUACGAGCUGGCACUGCAACAAUUGAUCAAAAUCCUUUAAGUCAACAACACAUAGACGAGUUAAAGGAGCUGGCUUCAAUUGAUGGAUUUUAUACUUUGAGAACUUUUGUUACUACAGCUGAUAGCAAGGAGACUGAAUUCCUUUCGUCAGUAAAGGCUAAAGCAUUCUUAGAAAAUGGUUUAUCAGAUGUAAUCAGUGCAUGGGUACUGCCCAGUGGUGAAGUGAUAGCUGUGACAUUUCAAGUGACCAAUUCAAGCCAAUCUCAUGGCUUGCACAGAUCUGACUAUGACAUUCAUUCCGAUUUUUAUCUUCGUCACGUGGAUCAGGCACCUGUACCUGACACAGCUUCAUACAUUCAAAAACUAGAACGAGAAAGAGAAGCAAGGGAAAAGGGUGAAUUGAAAGACAAUAGAUCAUUUUUGGCCAAAUAUUGGAUGUAUAUUGUUCCCAUUGCAAUAUUUGUGAUGAUAUCUGGAGCCACAAACCCAGAAGGUGGCGCACAGCCUUCUCGAUAAUUUAAUACAAAAUAUUAAUUAUAGUAGUACAAUUUUGCUUAUUUUAGGGUAUUGUUUAUGCAAAUUUUCUUAUUUAUGUGUUGAGUGUGUGGUUAUAAAAUAAAUAGAAAUUAUAAUCAAAA